AAGGGAGAGUAAGAAUAGGGUGUGAUGUGAGAAUCAUCAUUGAUUGGUUUCUGCAAUAAAAUAACCUUAUAGAUUAAUAUUUGACUUACAUGCGUAUUUUUCUCCAACAAUUCGGUAGAAAUUAAUGGUUGGUGUAUACGCAGAGAAAGAACGAACGUACAUUGUCCGUUAAUUUCUGAUUCUCUCUCUCCAAAUUUAAAACGAGGAGUGAGAAAAUCCAAUGGUCUAAAUUGGGUGUGAUGGUUGUUAUAUUCAUUUGAAUUAUUACUUCUCUUCAUUUCGUCUAGUUUUUCUUUCAGAAUCCCUCUUCCUCGUAAGCUACGUGUAGCUGAGCAUAUCAUAUUAAAAGAAGAUGGCAGACGCUGAGGAUAUUCAACCUCUUGUUUGUGACAAUGGAACAGGAAUGGUCAAGGCAGGGUUUGCUGGAGAUGAUGCUCCGCGUGCCGUGUUUCCCAGCAUUGUAGGACGUCCUCGUCAUACUGGUGUUAUGGUUGGUAUGGGACAAAAAGAUGCAUAUGUUGGUGACGAGGCACAAUCUAAACGUGGUAUCCUCACUCUCAAGUACCCAAUUGAGCAUGGUAUUGUUAGCAAUUGGGAUGACAUGGAAAAGAUUUGGCAUCAUACCUUCUAUAAUGAGCUUCGUGUGGCCCCUGAAGAGCAUCCAGUUCUCUUAACAGAGGCUCCUCUUAACCCCAAAGCUAACCGUGAGAAGAUGACCCAAAUCAUGUUUGAGACUUUUAAUGCCCCUGCUAUGUAUGUAGCCAUUCAGGCUGUUCUUUCACUCUAUGCCAGUGGUCGUACAACCGGUAUUGUGUUGGAUUCUGGUGAUGGUGUCAGCCAUACAGUCCCUAUCUAUGAGGGUUAUGCCCUCCCACACGCCAUCCUUCGUCUUGAUUUGGCCGGUCGUGACCUGACUGAUUUCUUAAUGAAGAUUCUGACAGAACGUGGGUAUUCUUUUACCACCUCAGCAGAGCGUGAAAUUGUGAGGGACAUGAAGGAGAAGUUGGCGUACAUUGCCCUUGAUUAUGAGCAAGAACUAGAGACAUCCAAGACCAGCUCUGCAGUGGAGAAGAGUUAUGAGUUACCUGAUGGGCAAGUCAUCACUAUUGGUGCUGAGCGUUUUAGGUGUCCAGAGGUCUUGUACCAACCGUCCAUGGUUGGAAUGGAAGCUGCAGGAAUUCACGAGACCACAUACAACUCCAUAAUGAAAUGUGAUGUUGACAUCAGGAAAGACCUGUACGGUAACAUUGUCCUUUCAGGAGGUACAACCAUGUUCCCUGGCAUUGCUGAUAGAAUGAGCAAGGAAAUUUCUGCAUUGGCCCCAAGCAGCAUGAAGAUCAAGGUGGUAGCACCCCCUGAGAGAAAGUACAGUGUCUGGAUUGGUGGUUCUAUCUUGGCUUCCCUGAGCACCUUCCAACAGAUGUGGAUUGCAAAGGCUGAGUAUGAUGAGUCUGGACCAUCAAUUGUGCAUAGGAAGUGUUUCUAAAUUGUUUGAGCCAUAGGGUGGGUUAUCAAAGGAAAAUAACUUCUCUUAUAUGUAACCCUUUCAUUCUAGAUUUUGUUAUCCGUUCAUGUUAUUCUCGAGGAGUUUAUUGUCAAAUGUUCCAUUUUUUCUUCA